CCUUGCCACAUAUAUCCCUAUGAAAAAUAUAAGUAUUUUUUCCACCCCAUCAGCAGCAAUAGGUGCAACGCGGUUUCGACAUUUCAUUUCUGAUGAGGAGUAAACUUAUUUUCGCGUCCUCACAGGUUGCACUAAUUUAGGAUGAAACUUUAGAGCAACUGAUUCCGUGAAGUUGUUGUUGUGCAAGACGGAGCAGCGGCGGUGAUGGUGGCGUGAGGCGUGAGCUCGGGGCAGGCGUGGCCCAGCUCCCGGCUCCUCCUCCACCGCCCCGGGUCCCGGGUCCACGGCUCCCCGAGUCGCCCCCUUGGUUCGGGGUCUCGGCUCUGGGGGUCCCGAGGUCGUGACUGCCGCCCCGACGUUCGCGCGGCCCCUGGGCCGAGAGGCGGCCUCCUCGGGGUCCGGGGCCAGCGGGAGGGCGGGCGGGGAGGCUGCUUCGGCAUCGACAUCGCCCGGCAGCGCUUCUAUCCGAGCGCCGAGGCCGCGGCCUCGUCACGGGCACCAUGAGCGGCGUCCACAAUGAGAAUGAGCGGCAGGCCCUGCUGGACCGGUUGCUGGACGCCGUGAAGCAGUGCCAAAUACGCUUCGGAGGGAAGAAGGAAAUUGCCUUCGACUCAGACAGCAGGGUGACGUGCCUGUGUGCCCAGUUUGAGGCGGUUCUGCAGCACGGCCUGCGGAGGGGCAGCCGUGGCCUGGCACUCACGGCCGCUGCUCUCAAGCAGGUCACGGGCAUCGGCGGCAAGAUCGAGCCCGAGCCGGUGUUCUGGCACUUUGUGCGCGAGCAGCUGGGCCGGCACGAGCUGCAGCGCUACCUGACACUGCGUGCCAUUGGCACGGACGCCGGGAGGGGCCGCGCGUGGCUCCGCUCGGCGCUCAACGAGCACUCGCUCGAGCGCCACCUGCACACUCUGCUCGCCGAGCGCCAGCGCAUCAGCCAAUUUUACGAAGACUGGGCCUUCCUCCUCGACGAUGAGCGGUCGAGCAUGCUGCCCGUCAUGUCAGCAGGCCUCAACUCCAUUGUGUUUGCGAUCAACAUCGACAACGAGGACCUGAACGGCGGCCUGGGGGUGUCGCGGGGUGCGCCCACGAUGUCGGGCCUCCUGCGGGAGUCGACGCAGAGCGUUACCUCCCUCCUCAGAGACUCGUCGCUCACACACGGUGUGAGCAGCCUGCUGCGUGAGAUCUCCGGUCCCGGGGGUCCCCGCACGUCCGGGGGGGCAGCUGUCGUGCCCGUGGCCUCCGCGCGGGACACGGCCCUCUCGGCGCAUGACCCUGCCCCCGUCAUGUCUGCUAGGGUUGCAGAUGUCAAGAAUCGCAAGGAACGAAAGAAGCGAUCGAAGAAGCCGGUGACGAGCAUCAUCUCUUUUGAUGACGAUGAUGCGGAGGAGCGGGAGAGGAGGGGAGAGACACAGCUGGAGGAGUGGAGCGGCCGGCAUGACGAUCCGCCUGAGGUCCCUGCUGCGGCGUCCCACACGCGAUUCAGUCCGGAUUCGGCCUUUGACCCGGCUCCCUGGCACCAUGGGGAGGCGGUGGAGAACGGCGUCACUGACAGGAAGCCGAUGGCCGACGAGGACGAAGAGGAGGAGGACGAUGAUGACAACGCGGACGAGGUCUAUGGGAAGUCGCAGCCGGCCCGGAACGGUGAUGGCCACGCAAAACUCGACGGGGCCUACAAGCCCCUGCCGGAGUCGCCCGUUGGCUGGAGUGCCCUCCAGGUGUUCAAUGACAAUGACAGCGGGGAGCUGCUCUUCCCACUGCAAGCAGAUUCUCCCACGGACGCUGCCGCCCUCCCCAUGCAGCUGGCACAAAUGGGCUCACUGCUGCAGCACAGGGUGGAGCCCCCUCCCCCAUGCCAAGGGAAGAGUGUCAGCCCUCCCUCGGCUUCCUCACCUCUCUCGGACUCCAUGAGCAUCGGUGAACUGCGGCAGGCAUUGGUGGCGAUGAUGAACAGGAAGGAUGAGCUGGAGGAGCAGUGCAGAUCUCUGCGGGCACUGCUCGAGAGCGAGAUGGAGCACGCUGCAUCGCUGCGACGCGAGGCCGAGGAGGGGCAGCGCCGUGCCGAGGAGAGCGAGGAGCGCCACUCUGCGCGCCUGCAGGCUCUCGCCAGGGAAAACGAGGUGCUAAAGGUGCAGUUGAAGAAGUACGUGGGUGCCGUGCAGAUGCUGAGACGUGAAGCCGGGCACACGGGCACCGGAGCAACCCUGCGGCUGGGGGAGGCAGACCCCUCGCCCCUGCCGGAGCCCCGCCCGCUGGUGGACACGGAGGAGCUGGCCAGCACCUACGAACGCAAGCUCAUAGAGGUGGCAGAGAUGCAUGGGGAGCUGAUGGAGUUUAACGAGCGUCUGCACCGCAGCCUCAUGGGGAAGGACGCGCUCAUCCGCCAGAUGAGGCAGGAGCUGGUGGAGCUGCGUGGGCCCCUUCCCGGUGACCUCAGCCAAUCAUCCGAAGACCCCAGCCUCUCGGACUUUGACAGUGCGACCAACUACCGCGCUCUGCUCAACGUCUGGAUCCCUUCGGUGUUUCUACGCAAAAAGGCGACAGACACACACCACGUGUACCAGGUGUACGUGCGUGUGCGGGACGAGGAAUGGAACGUGUACCGGCGCUACAGCGCGUUCCGCUCACUGCACCACUCGUUGCGCAAGCAGCACCCACUCGUCGACUCCUUCAAGCUGCCGCCCAAGAAGGCCCUCGGCAACAAGGACUCGCGCUUCGUGGAGGGCCGCAGGAGGCAGCUGCAGGACUACCUGCGCCUGGUGGUCAACAAGGUGGUGCAGGCCAACAGCAACUUCACCGCUGAGCCCAGCAAGAGCACGCUCACUGGCCUGCACCCCUUCUUCCUGGACGCGGAGCCGAGCGAGAAACGGACAGGGCGCUCUCGCCUCCGGGGCCCGGCCCAGCCCAGUCGGCAGCACAACACCCAGCGCAACCCAGAGCCCCAAAGCGGCGACCUCUGACCCCCUGCCUACACCCUGCACGGCGGGGGUAGGGGGGGAUGGUGUGGGACGAGGGCAAGGCCACCGUGCAUGGUCAGAGAGGAGUGUAGCUGGAGGAGGAGCCCCGCUUGCGAACUCUCUGAAACUAUUCACGCAGACCCCACCGGCACCAUCCCCGCGUUCACCAUGAGGCCGAGGCACCGCCGGCACCUACCGAGAUUCGCUGUGUGCCGGGGGUCCCGUCGGCAAAGUGGUGUACCGGCGGACGAGGCGCGGGGACGAGCUGCCCCCCUCGCACCGGCAAUGCCGCGGCGGACCCGACGGGAGGGCAGUCGCUCUCUCACGAGCGUGGGCGUUUGUAGAAGCACGCGCUAGUGAGGUAGCGGGACGGCGUCGUGUCCGCGUGCCUCGUGCUCGCGCCGUCCCACACAGCGUGGCCUGGUGGCGUGGGUCACCGGGGUUCACGACCUCCGAGCCAGGCCAAUGGAGACUUCAGCCAGAGCGCGACGUUUCAAAUCAAAGGGGCCGGCGACCGCGCGGCGACCGUCGCUGUUCCUGCUGUGCGUUUCUAAUUGAGUAAUUUUCAGGUAUUUUUUUGCAGAAUUGGAAUGAUUUGACGAAUACUUUACAUUGUGUGUGUUUAGCUGUGGAAGGAGGAAACCAGAGAACCCAGAGUGAACCCACGCAAAAUAGGGGGAGAACAUACGAACUCCUAUCAGAUGGGUGCUCAAGUCGGGAAUGGAACCCAGGCCCUUAUUCCUGCGAGGCACGAGCGCUAACACUGGGCUGCCACCCUGCCGCUCACAAACUUCCACGAUAUAUAUUUACCGGGGCGUUCGCCGACUCCUCAGCUGUUGGGCGCCACUGCCACCUCGGCAUGGGUCGCGCGGUCCGGCGCCUGCACCCAACCUCUGCGGUGGCGUCGGCAGCAGUAGCAGAUUGUAACGUUUAGCGGCCAAUUAAAACCUAAUUUCCUUAAGCUCCCCAGAGGGGUUGUUCCCAGACUAAUGCUGCCGCUGCCUUCGUGUUUCCAUCGGUGCUGAAUUAUGAAAUGUCUUAUCCCCCACCGCACACGGGUUGGUUAUCUUGCUGUCGGCUGGCCGUCGGUGUUUUUCAUUCGCUGUGCAGCACGGCACGGCUGGCUGGAGAGCUGGAGAGGGUGGCGCGACACAGACCGACAGCGCAGCAGGGAUCUGGGAUGGCUGUGGGAUAGAGUAGCGGCGGCCGCAUCUCGAUGGCUCGAUAGAUUUGUUGUUGACUUUUUUAAAUUAUAAGACAAAGUAAUACAUGAUUUAUCUAGAUUUCAAUGGAAUCUUAACUCACAGUAACAUGUCCUUUGCCUUGCGCAUGCGGGAAUUUAUAAUCACGAUUUAUUAAGAUUAUACGCUGUUUACAUAAUUUACGAUAGUGGAUCGAACAAAACUGUAAAAACAAGAAUUGAGAAUGGAAUUGUGGGAAUUAAUCAAAUUGCUUGUUUGGGGGGCAGGGAUCCGUUUGAGGCCUCUCGGUGAUGUUUUGUCUGAAGUUUGUCCGUCUCAGUUGCGAGCGGCAGUCUCUGUGGCAGCCCGGCCCUCGGACGUUUUCGAGCGUCUUCGUUGAAGCACUUAACCCCGCGAGCACCGAGCGGGCUGGAGCUGCGGUGCUCGGUGGCUCCUGGGUGCGGCGUCCGUCUGACCCCCCCCCCCCCCCCCCGCCGCUCGCUUGGCUGCCUUUGGCCGCGCGGUAAUUGUUGAGAAUGGACAGAGCGCGUGAGAUGUCUCAGUUCACGAGACGGGCUGAGUGAGCCAGCAAGGCUGGAGUGAGUGCACCUCUCGGCAUGAGCUCGUGCGAGUCACGUGCGAGUCACGUGCAGGCGGUGUGCUUGUUGACUAUGGGAAUGUACGUGAUGUGCGUGGUGUGUGUCGGCACGUGUUUCUGUAACUGCAUGCAGACAAAUCAAACCCGUUCAGGACUGUUUCAUUCCUCGACACGUUGCCCAGCAGCAAAACCUCACGGCUGCCCUUGGUUUACUUUCUUUUUAGUUAGUACCAAAGUCUCCGGUUUUCUCCCAUGGCUGCUGAACCGCAGAGUUCAUCCUCUCUGCUCUCUGUGCUCGAGACAGGGCUGUUGUGUCUCUGUGCUGUGUGCGAUUUCAGGAUACGAGGCUUGAGCAAAGUAUCCCGCGUGGGCUCCAGCAAGGUGAGGGUGAAUUUGGGAAAGUGGCCAUGGGAGGAAAUUGAGGCCCCGACCUUUGCAGUGCCGCACGGGCCAGUGGCACGUGGCGGACAGUCGCUCGCGUUUGCUCUCCUGUUCAAGCAGAUGAACUGGAUGAGCGAAUACUCGUUUUCCAAAUAUCCGUGCGUUCUCUGGAUUAUGAGUGAAGUUGACCUAGUCAUCUGUGAUGCCCUCUAGGUCACCUGGGCCUGAAAUGAGCAGCUGAUGUUGCAAAUAUUGCUGGGGUAGACCAGGGGAGUUUUGGCCGUUGGCACCGUCGCCAAGGGAGCUGGAGCUUCCGCAGAUCUCUGAGGAGCGUCCGUCACGAUGCUUAAUUAACGCUGCUCACCCGAUGUCAGCCGAGGCAGCAGAACUGAUUGAAGGCGACACGCCGCGGCUGGGGUGUCGCCUUGCUUCGCGAUCGCGGGAAAUAAUUUAGCCCCACAACUCUGGUCGAGGGCGGCGGGCGACUCGCUUUAUCAAACACUGCGGAUUAUAUCAACUCCGUUUAUUAUUUUGUUUCACAAUGGAAAGUGCACUUUUUUUACAGCUCAGUAUUUGGGUUUAUCCGUGCACGUGGUGACGACGAUGACGAGGUGCAUCACGUCUUGACGAGGUGCAUCACGUCUUGACGGGGCUCACUGAGCGCCAACCUUGUGCCAUGGACCAAGUGUCUUUGUGCGUCGCCAACGUGGGUGGCAUUCGCCUGGCCUCCUGCUGGGCAGUCCGUGCCGGCUGUGCCACAGACGUGGCUCUUUGUGGUGGUGGUGGUAGCUGGCGCGAAGGCUCGCUCGCUCACAGCGCAGGCUGUGGUGAUUGGGCCCGAGGAUGAUCUAGCGCGGUGUACAGAGGAUUCAAUAUGUACGCAGUCUUACGUGUUCACAUUAAUAAUGACAAUAAAAUUGUUUAUUAAAAGGA